ACGCGCACCCCACCCCCGCCUUCUUCGCGCAGAAACAGGAAGUGGGAUUGCGGACCUAGGAGCCAGGCCGGCAGCAGCUCAGGACUAGAGUCGCGCUCCGAACGCACUGCCGUCAAAUCCUUGCCGCUGCCCCUGGCUGUCGCCUCCCAAGAAAAGUCGUGGGACCAUGUCGAAUAUGGAGAAACACCUAUUUAACUUGAAGUUUGCUGCAAAGGAACUUAAUAGGAAUGCCAAGAAAUGUGAUAAAGAAGAAAAGGCUGAAAAGGCCAAGAUUAAAAAGGUAAGUAAUUUUUUUGUGUGUGUGUGGUAUGCGGACUUCUCACUGUUGUGGCCUCUCCCGUUGCAGAGCACAGGCUCCAGACACGCGGGCUCAGUGGCCAUGGCUCCUGGGCCCAGCUGCUCCACAGUAUGUGGGAUCUUCCCGGACCGGGGCACGAACCCAUGUCCCCUGCAUCAACAGGCGGACUCUCAACCACUGCGCCACCAGGGAAGCCCCAAGGCCAUUCAGAAAGGCAAUACAGAAGUUGCAAGACAUGCUGAAAAUGCAAUCCGCCAGAAGAACCAAACAAUUAAUUUCUUGAGAAUGAGUGCUAGGGUUGAUGCUGUGGCAGCCAGAGUUCAAACUGCAGUUACAAUGGGCAAGGUAACCAAGUCCAUGGCAAAUGUAGUUAAGUCUAUGGAUGCUACAUUGAGGAGUAUGAACCUUGAAAAGAUUUCUGCCCUGAUGGACAAAUUUGAACAGCAGUUUGAAACACUGGAUGUUCAAACGCAACAAAUGGAAGACACAAUGAGUAGUACUACAACCCUAACAACACCACAAAACCAGGUGGAUAUGCUGCUUCAAGAAAUGGCAGAUGAAGCUGGCCUUGAUCUCAGUAUGGAACUACCACAAGGUCAAACAGGUUGUUUUGGCACAGGUGUUACUUCCAUGGAACAGGAUGAACUAUCACAGAGACUUGCUCGUCUACGUGAUCAAGUGUAAUUUAAAGAACUGGCACUUUUGUUUACUUCACUGGCUUCUGAAAUAUUUUCUGUGUAUGUAUAGAUAAGUUUCACUCCAAUUACAAUAAGAAUGCCAUACAUUACAGAAUGCUUAACACUAUUUGUAUAUAAUGCUUUCUUUUACCUUGCUGUACUUUCCAGUACUUUAAUUCCAGAAAGUUUCCACCUUGACAGAUUUUACAGUUUUGUAUAUUAUGUUGAAAAGUGCAAGAGACGGGUUUUUGUAGGUGUCUUAGACUGAGCUAGCAUUAACUUGUUGUAUAUGAAAUAUCUUCCUCAAAAAUUACAUUAAAAAAUCUAGGACCAAAGUACUACAGAAUAAAGUACUUUAUACAGAAUAAAGUAUAGAAUAAAAGUUUUGGUUUCUUUUUAACUCAAGGUAGUUUUAAAUCUCUGUCUACAUUCACAUGUGAUGCAUAAAAAUAAAAACAGGGAAAAUAUGUUUACUUAAUAUGUUUACAUAACCAAAAACACCUCAUUUAGCGUCAUACAAUGGACAGUGCUACUUUUUGUGUUUUAUGUUUGUUUUUGCUAUUCAAGCAGA